AUGCCUUCCAACAUAAAAAGUAAGUUUCGUAAACAGAGGCGUUGCAGCCACGAGAGCUAUUUCAGCUUUAUCCGGUACAGCUCUAGUUCGGGUGAGGAUGUGGCCUGUCGCACCUUGAGCGGUUCAAGCCCUUGGAAGCUGCCUCGCCGUGAAUCCUCGGCCAAGUCACGCCCCUCCCAGCUGCCGGGGACCAGGCGCGGCCUGCCCGCGGGCGUGGGUAAACCCACUCGGGGCGGGGGAGAGAAGCUAUCCUCACAGCAGGGAGCAGACAGUGGGGAUGGCAGUCCCAGCAGUGCGGCGGCAGAGACACCCUCCAGCGAAGACUUCAGCCUCUCCUUGCUGGACACUAACUUACCAACUGAAGCGGAGACUGAAUUGCGCAGUUUUAUCGCUAAGCGUCUUACUAAAGGAGCCCUGUUUGAAGGAAUGGGGAAUGUAGCGUCAGUGGGGCUGAGCAUACCAGAAUAUAAAGUUGGUUGUUAUUACUGUCGUUUCCAACAAGAAAAUCUUCUAGAAAUGGCAACACUGGAAUCGGACAUCAAUGCUCCAGAAUAUGUGGUUUGUUUCUUAGGUGGCUCAGAGAAAGGUCUGGAACUUUUCAGACUUGAGCUGGACAAAUAUGUUCAAAGUCUGAAGAUAAACCUUAAUUUGGAGCAAAAAACCUUGGAGACCUAUAUUAACCCCUACUUGAGAAGCUGGUUUGAGAAUGCCAUAUGCCCUAUUCAGAGAGUAGUACAGCUCUUCCAGGAGAAACUCGCCUUUCUGUUACAUGCUGCUUUGAGUUAUACUCCUGUGGAAGUAAAAAACGCGGAUGAAAGAACAGAAAAAGACAUUAGCAGGUUUCUGGCAGCUGCCAGCCUCCAAGGACUUGUUCAGGAAGGCACGAUGACCUCCUUGUGUAUUGCCAUGACUGAGGAACAGCACAAGUCAAUGAUUAUAGACUGUAGUGGACCUCAGCCUCAGUUGCAUAAUGCAGGAAGCAACAGAUUCUGUGAGGACUGGAUGCAUGCUUUUGUGAAUGGUGCUGAAGGUGGAAAUCCGUUUCUCUUCCUGCAGAUUUUGGAAAACUUUAAAUUGAAGGCUAUACAAGACAUUAACAACCUGAAGAGGUUUAUCCGCCAGGCUGAAAUGAACCACUACGCCUUGUUCAAGUGUUACCUGUUUCUAAAGAACUGUGGCAGUGGAGACAUCCUUUUGAAGAUUGUUAAAGUAGAACAUGCAGAAAUGCCAGAAGCCAGAAAUGUCGUGACCGUCCUUGAGGAAUUCAUGAGAGAAACAUCAGUGGCUUAAAAUUAUCUUAAUUAUUCUGUACUGGUUUGAGGGUAUUUUAAAAUCCAUUAAUUUCUUCUGUGCAGCUUAGUUUCACUAUUGCAGGAUUUUUAAUUUAUAUUUAAAAGUAUUCCCUAAGUUGCAGUUUCAUCUGCCUUUUCUCCUUUUUAGAUAAAGCAGUAUGAGCUUUUUUUAAUGUAUAAGUGUCAGAUCAUACAAACUCCUGCAUAGUUUUCAGCGCGUAGCAGAUUCUCCAAAUGACUUGCUCCUUUUCUGAGGAAAUAAUGACAUUUGGUUUUUACAGUCAUUGCACAAAAAAACCCAAAACCAAAUCCAUUACCUGGCAAGCAUUUCAGUGUUCUAAGUAUUUUAAAUAUCUUUAAAAUGAUCAUGUCUAAUCAUUAAGAUCUGGUUACUUUUGUUUUAAUAUAUAAAGAAGCACAAACAUCUGGAUAAAUCAUAGUAAAUGAAUUAAUCAUGUUUGUUUAUAGAAGAGAACACAGGUAACAAGUCUGUAGUUAGUUUCCACGUCCUACUUUCAAAUCGGCAGUUUGUUCUUCUGUUACUAGAUAAACAACUUAAUUGGUAUGAAACAGAACUGCCUUAAGACUGAACAGAGUUUCAGAAUCAGUUUGUAUGUGCUUGUAUGUAUGCAUACAUACACUGGACAGACAUGUUAAGUUCCCAGGCUAUUUGAUGAAUCCCAUUCUUCAGUAGUUUGCGUUGUGAUCAAGACGUUCUUUGUAUCUUCUUAGUACUCAUUUUGCAUAACUGUAAAUAGGCGUAUGUUUUUCAACUGUGGAGAAUUAAACCUGAAAAUUUUACAGAUUAAAUAUUAACUUUAAAUUAAUAGAAACGUCUUCAGAUCUUGAAGUAAACUAAGUUCUCAAGUUAAUUAUUCAGACUUUAAAACAUUUCAUUGUAUUUCAGCAGUGAAUUCUUACCCACAUCAUAGGACAUGAAUACUUGAAGAAAAUCUUUGGCUACAGCUGGAAUCAAAAUUCACGAGGCCUCUGAGUGACCACAUAAACGAGGACUAUCUCUGCAAACCUGAUACAAGCAAAACUCCCUGUUGCUUUCCUUUGCAGCAGAGGGUGUUUGAAUGCCUAACUUAGGGCACUUGAACAACUCUCCCUGAAACAGUAACAGUCUUACUAAUGCAGUUAAGUUUGACUGUUCUGCCAGUGCUGUAUACUGUGAUGAUAAAAGUUGAACGCUUUCCUGUGACACCACUGUGUUGAACCUAUAAUAAGGUUUACAAUAAAAGACAUUCAAAUCCU